AUCCGGAUUUAUUUCGGAGGCCGGAUAAGUGAUGCUAUAGGUCGCUAACAUCCUCCCUCCGGCUCUACCCAAGCCGCGCAUGCUUGCCGAGAGCCGGGCCCCCCGCCCGGGCUAGGCAGGGCUCGGCACAAGCCUUUUUUUCCAGCCAGGGGAGGCUGCGGGGGUGGCCGGAGGGCGCAGCGGCCACCUGCUGCUGGCUCCUGCCCCGGCCCUGUCCGUGGUGCUGCCGCCGGGCCGUGGGUCCCACCCCGCGGGGAAAGCGCCACCCGAGGAGCCGGGAGCGCUCAGCAGCAUCCUCCCACCCUGAGCUCUCUCCUCCAGGCUCGCCACAGGCAUCCUGUUGCACCGGGGACGAGGCGGCGAGAGGAGCCCGGUUUUCCUGCCAGAGCCUGGGAUCUACUGGGAGCUGCUGGGAUCUACUGGGAGCUGCUGGGAGCCGCUCCUCGCUCCCGACAAUGGCUGCGCUGCCUCGGCUGCUGUGGGUGUCCUCGGCCGUGCUGGUGGUCUGGGCUGGUUUCUGUUCUGCAGUAUGUGUUGAAGUUCCAUCAGAGACAGAGGCUGUCCAAGGAACACACAUGAAGCUACUCUGCAUCUCCUGCAUGAAAAGGGAAGAGGUCACAGCCAGCACCAUGGUGGAAUGGUUCUACAGGCCGGAGGGUGGAAAAGAUGAACCCAUCUACAAGUACAGGAACACAAAUCAAGAAUUUCCAAGCCGCUUCAGUGGUCGGUUACAGUGGAAUGGGAGUAAAGACAUGCAGGAUGUGUCCAUCACUGUGUUAAACGUGACCUUGAACGAUUCGGGUAUCUACACCUGCAAUAUCACCCGGGAGUUUGAGUUUGAGAUUCACCGGCCUCUCUUCACAAGCUCCAGACUGAUCCACCUCACCGUGGUGGAGGAGGCUGGAGAAGACUUCACCUCGGUCAUCUCUGAAAUUAUGAUGUAUAUUCUGCUGGUCUUCCUCACCUUGUGGCUACUGAUAGAAAUGGUCUAUUGCUACAGAAAAGUCUCUAAGGCAGAGGAGGCUGCCCAGGAAAAUGCAACAGACUACCUUGCGAUUCCAUCAGAAAACAAGGAAAACUGUGCCGUGCCUGUGGAGGAAUAGCAGAGAGGAGCCAGCGGAACAAACGGCACCAGGGGGCUCUGAAGACAGAAGGACCAUGUCAUGCCAGCCAGGUUUGAGGGGGAGCUCUACGCCGUCGGGAGGAAAUGCGGGGAAGUGUAAAUUCUCUUCCAUUUGCCUUGGACUCUGUACAGCCUUGACUUUGGCCUCAUGACUCCAUUCUGAGCUGCCAGCCCAUUUGUUAAUGGACUCUCCUUUUGAAGCAUGCUGAGCAAAGGGCACGGGGGUGUGGGCAGCACGGCUCCUUCCCAAGUUUCAGUCCCCUCAUCACGUUAAUGGCUUUGUAAAUGUUAGUGUCAUUCCUUAGCUGCUGUCACCACCACUUUUAUUUGCGAAAUAUGCUAGUUCUCCAUUGCAGAGGUAAAGGUUGUAUGUAUCAUGUUGUUCUGACCUGCAGGACUGGGAACGAGGUCAUUUAGGGUGAUGUUCCGCCAUUUGUUACAGCCCCAGCAUUUAUUAGAGGUGUUAAACAGAAGGAGUUCAAUUAUUUGAGUUAUUUUUUAUAUUUUUAUUAUAUUUGAGCUCAGUAAGUUGCUCUGGACUUUGGGCUACCAGUGCAGAUGUAGAGUAUGAGGUAUGAGGACUAUAAAUGCAUUGCAAUUGAUGAAAAACGUGUAGUGAAGGAUGAGUCCCUGUGCCAUGUUUGCACUUGCUUCUGAAGGAGGGAGCUGAGAACAUAAAUCCCAAAGUACUCCUAAUUUGGGAGGCUGUAUGAUACAAGAACCCCCUGUACCCUCCCUUCCACUUAGCACGUAUCAAAAUUCUUAGUUCCUUCCAUUUCCCUUGUGUAGCAGGUUUACGUCUCAAGCACGCAGAGACACAGUGGUAGGAAUAACCUGUGGAGCCGUGUUCAGCAGCAACAGGCAAGCCAGUCAGACAAGGUAUGCCUUUAACCUGUUUCUGGGGAAAACCCUGAAAGGAUGACAGCUGGAGGCAAACAAGCAUGCCAAGUAAAUAGGAUGCGUAGUCCUCACAGUAAAAGGACUGACAGCUUAGUAAAAUGAUUGUGCUUGUAACCGUGAUGGUCUUCUCACGCUAUCCUACAACACCACCUAGAGGAAUAUGGAGAAAGUGGUUACUUUUUCCUAGUUUUGUAGUAAUUCUGUAUUACGUGAUCAUUAGUCUCAAUAUUCAUUGUAAAUGACCCACUGCUGCACAGGAAUUACACUGUAAAUUCAGUGAAUGCAAACUGACCUUUUAAAUUUUAGUGGUUUAAACAGAAUAAAAUCAGUUUUCUGGCCUCAAACGUAGAUAUUUGAGCUCAAUAACUAGGACCAUGAGGAAACAAAUGGUAGAAACAUUGGGGUAGAAUUGUACUUAAAGUGGGAGAAGGUUUUCUUUUGAUAUAGGAGAUGGUGUUACACCCCUGCUGCAAUGGAGCCCGUACUGUUUGCAAGAGCUGACAAAUUUUGCUACACUGACCGCUUUUAAGUAUUACAAAGUGCUUGUGAAUCAAAAGCAUGCUUCCUACAUAUGGAAUUUCCCCUGCUUAUGUUCUGCUGCAGAUUAUGUGUUGCUAAAAAUCACAGAAGUUGUUCCAUUUGUCAAAGCCCAAGCCAGAUUUCUAACUGGCAGUUGUUCCAAAUGCCUUUCUUAGAGCAGUGUCAACUUCAGUAAACUACUAGGAUCCAGUCUUCACCUUAGGAUCUUUCUCAAGCCCAGAGCUGAGUCUGGCAACGUGAGCACAUUUUCCAGAUGAAGCACGCUUGUAGUCUGGGCACUGGUUCCUUAAACCAUAAUGUCCAAAAAUAGCUCCUCUUCCAGUUCUGAUGGAUAUCUUCAUUUUCCCUAGGCCAACGUGCCUGGCCUCAAGGCAAUUUUUGGCAUAAUCCGAACUCUAAAUCCACAGCAUCAGAGGAGUGACUAGACAAUAACUACUGAGUUGCCAUUGCUGACCAUGGCAAUAAUGCUCAGAGUGAUUUUUAGGUAAGGUUACGUAAACCUCUCUCUCACUUCAGCUCUGUUUCUCCUAGUCCUUGUGAAGUACUGAUAACCUUCUGAUGUUAUAAUGUGAAGUCAAAAAAGGAGAAAAUUGAAAACUUCUUGAGAGCUACCUCAGGUGGUAAAGAAGGGCCGUCCUUUAGUCCUGCACCUUCGGGUAUUACGCACGCAUCUUCUUAAGAUGCCUUUUGGACAAAUCUUUCACUUUUCCAGUUCUUGCAUACAGAUAGGACUAUUGCCCUGUGUUGUUCUAGGCAGGGGAAAAUGGUGCCUAAAUUCUACUCAAGAUUCCCAUAGUGAAAAAAAAAA